AUGCACGACACGGAGGAUAUGCCGGUUGAUGUCGAUUUCGACGAGGAGGAACCGUCGUUCAGUGACCCAGAAGACUUUGAAGAUGAUGUCGACGAUGAAGAGCUACUGGGUGACCUGCUGCGGGAGAAGCCCCAGGAGGCAGACGGGAUAGACUCUGUGGUUGUCGUGGACAAUGUGCCCCAGGUCGGCCCCGAGCGCCUGGAGAAACUGAAGAACGUCAUCCACAAGAUAUUCUCCAAGUUCGGCAAGAUCACCAACGAGUUCUACCCCACGGUAGACGGACCUGAAGGACUCACUAAAGGGUACAUCUUCCUGGAGUAUGGGGCUCCCACUCAGGCUCUGGAGGCAGUGAAGAACGCUGACGGCUACAAGCUGGACAAGCAGCACACCUUCAGAGUCAAUGUGUUCACUGACUUCGACAAGUACAUGAGCAUCAGUGACGAGUGGGAGACUCCUGAGAAGCAGCCCUUCAAGGACUUUGGUAACAUGCGUCACUGGAUGGAGGACCCUGACUGUCGUGACCAGUACAGCGUCAUCUACGAAUCAGGAGAGAGGACCGCCAUCUUCAACAACGACGCCAAGGAUCCAAUCGUCUCCGAGGAGAGGGCGCGCUGGACAGAGACCUAUGUGCGCUGGUCUCCCAAGGGAACCUACCUGGCCACGUUCCACCAGCGAGGCAUUGCAUUGUGGGGCGGAGAGAAGUUCAAGCAGAUCCAACGUUUCAGCCACCAGGGAGUGUCUCUGAUCGACUUCUCCCCCUGCGAGAGGUACGUGGUGACGUUCAGUCCCCUGAUGGACACUAAGGAGGACCCCCAGGCCAUCAUCAUCUGGGACAUUCUGACUGGCCAGAAGAAGAGAGGCUUUCACUGUGAGAGCUCCGCCCACUGGCCCAUCUUCAAGUGGAGUCACGAUGGGAAGUUCUUUGCCAGGAUGACCCAGGACACACUGAGCAUCUACGAGACCCCAUCCAUGGGCCUGUUGGAUAAGAAGAGUCUGAAGAUCAGUGGCAUCAAGUGAGUCUUUAUCCUGGGGAUGUUGACCCUUAAUCAGUUAGUU